GCGGGAGACUCUGAGCCGCGCGGGAGCCGGAGGGGCGCCCCGGCCUCCGCGGGGACGAUGGCGGAGGAAGAAGAUUGAAGCCUUACUGAACCAAGAGUGGAAGAAGGGAGCUUCAAGAAUUCAGUGGAAAGCAAUUUAAAAAAAUUAAUUGACCAACUAUAGAACUGCGCCAAAGAAAAAAGCCAAAGUCUUCAGAAAAUAAAGAAUCUGCCAAAGAAGAGAAAAUCAACAAUACCGCAAUUCCUGAAAGAGUUCCAAAACAUAUAUUAUUUCAGCGCUUUGCAAAGAUAUUCGUUGGCUGUCUUGCAGCAGUUACUAGUGGUAUGAUGUAUGCUCUCUAUUUAUCAGCGUACCAUGAACGGAAAUUCUGGUUUUCCAACAGGCAGGAGCUUGAACGGGAAAUUACAUUUCAGGGUGAUAGUGCCAUUUAUUAUUCUUAUUAUAAGGAUAUGUUAAAGGCACCUUCAUUUGAAAGAGGUGUAUACGAACUGACACACAAUAACAAAACUGUAUCUCUGAAGACUAUAAAUGCAGUGCAGCAAAUGUCUCUAUAUCCAGAACUUAUUGCCAGCGUUUUAUAUCAAGCAACUGGUAGCAAUGAGAUUAUUGAGCCAGUAUAUUUCUAUAUUGGCAUUGUUUUUGGAUUGCAAGGAAUAUAUGUCACUGCUUUAUUUGUUACAAGUUGGCUUAUGAGUGGAACUUGGCUAGCAGGAAUGCUAACUGUUGCAUGGUUCAUUAUUAACAGGGUAGAUACGACAAGAAUUGAAUACUCCAUUCCUUUAAGAGAAAACUGGGCACUACCAUAUUUUGCAUGCCAAGUCGCUGCACUUACAGGCUAUUUAAAAAGCAACUUAAAUUCUUAUGGAGAGAGGUUUUGCUACUUGUUGAUGAGUGCUUCAACUUACACAUUUAUGAUGAUGUGGGAGUACAGCCACUACCUCUUGUUUCUUCAAGCAAUAUCUCUCUUCUUGCUAGAUAGUUUUUCACUGGAGCAAAGUGAAAAGGUUCAUGAAGUUUAUAAAAUCUAUAUAUUUUCUCUCUUUCUGGGAUAUUUACUGCAGUUUGAGAAUUCGGCUUUAUUGGUAUCUCCUUUAUUAAGUUUUGUAAUAGCCUUAAUGCUUGCUAAGUGCCUUCAGCUGAAUGUGAAGAAAGGAACUUUCGUGGCUAAAAUAAUGAAAGUGAUUAAUUUUUACUUGGUGUGUACUCUGACAGUGACAUUGAAUAUUAUAAUGAAAAUGUUUGUCCCCCACAAAGAAAAUGGACAUAUGCUGAAAUUCCUUGAAGUAAAAUUUGGACUAAAUAUGACUAAGAAUUUUACAAUGAAUUGGCUCCUAUGUCAAGAAUCCCUUCAAGCACCAUCUCAAGAAUUUUUUUUGCGAUUGACACAGUCUUCUUUAUUACCUUUCUAUAUUUUAGUGUUAAUUACUUGUUUUCUUUCUAUGAUUCAAGUUAUUUUUAGGAGAAUUAAUAGUGGUAAGUCCCUGAAAGAAACUAUUACGCUUGAAGAUGGACAAAUUGGAGAAAGGCCAGAAAUAAUUUAUCACGUGAUUCACACUAUUUUAUUGGGCUCUCUUGCAAUGAUUAUAGAAGGCGUGAAAUACCUCUGGACUCCUUAUAUGUGCAUGUUAGCAGCAUUUGGUGUAUGUUCUCCUGAACUUUGGAUGACACUUUUCAAGUGGCUUCGAUUACGAACUGUACACCCAGUAUUGUUGGCUCUCAUUCUGAGCAUGGCUGUCCCUACCAUAAUAGGUCUCAGCUUAUGGAAAGAGUUUUUUCCAAGAUUAAUGACAGAAUUAAUGGAACUACAAGAAUUUUAUGACCCAGAUACGGUGGAACUUAUGACCUGGAUAAAAAGGCAAGCUCCAGUCGCAGCUGUUUUUGCAGGAAGUCCACAGUUAAUGGGUGUGAUUAAAUUAUGCACUGGAUGGAUGGUGACAAGCUUGCCUCUUUACAAUGAUGAUGAUCUUCUCAAGAGAAAUGAAAAUAUCUAUCAAAUCUAUUCAAAGCGAUCUGCUGAGGAUAUUUAUAAAAUACUGACAUCCUACAAGGCUAACUACCUAAUUGUAGAAGAUGCUAUCUGCAAUGAGGUGGGAACCGUGAGAGGCUGUAGGGUUAAAGAUUUAUUAGACAUUGCAAAUGGCCACGUGGUUUGUGAAGAAGGUGACAAGAUAACCUACUCAAAACAUGGAAGAUUUUGUCAUGAGGUCAAAAUUAACUAUUCUCCUUAUGUGAAUUACUUCACUAGAGUGUACUGGAACAGAUCCUACUUUGUGUAUAAAAUCAACACUGUGAUAUCCUUUCAGUCUUGAAAAAUAGCAGAGCCUUCACUUCAAAGACUUAUACCACCUGAAGUAAAAUGCAAUUUUCUUCUACUUAUGUGGUGUCUUUUGGAAAUCAGAGUGUGGACAUUUGAAAUGUUGCUGCUGCUUCUCCCCUCCUGCUGUUAACUGGAUCUAGAAUUCUGUGGGGGAAAGAAGAUCAAACAUUACUGUCCUUUGGUAAAAUGUCAAAUCUGCCACUCUGCGUCAUUCCAGCCAGGUGUCUUCCUUACUGCUACAUGGUCUUUAAAGAUUUUACCUUCUAAACGAUUGUAAAAUUUUCCUCAUAAAUCUUCAUUCCAUCAUAACAUUAGUCUUGAAUUUGAAUAUUUUCAAGGUCAGAGUAUAUAUCUCAAAUAUAAGAUUUAAUAAAUAAUUAAUGUGAUAUAAUUAUAGAAGGAAAGAAUUAUUCUUUCCCUCAAGGAAGUUUCUGAAGGUAUUUCAUGGUGUAUAAUAGAACUGAAAUAUUACAAUAAAAAACUAAUUUAAAUGUUCACUGAAAAUUUGUGGCAUUUAAAUUAAAACGGAAAUUAUAUAAAGGAAAGUGAUUUUUAAGGAUAUACAUAAAGAUAUAUCCAGAUUUUCCAUGAUACUGCUCUCCUCAUCUGCUGCUUAUGUAAAUGAGCACUUUCUUAGUAAUAUACAGUGUAUGAUAUUGCAUUUCAUCACUUUAUGACUAUUAAGUGGUUAGUUUUUUCACUUAUGCCCAUAAAUUUGAUACCAAUUUAAUCAUGAUAAAACAGUAACUCUUGUUACCUAUGGUUUUUUUUUUUGGUUGGUUGGUUGGUUUUUUUUGCGGUACGCGGGCCUCUCACUGUUGUGGCCUCUCCCAUUGUGGCACACAGGCUCCGGACGUUCAGGCUCAGCGGCCAUGGCUCACGGGCCCCGCCGCUCCGUGGCGUGUGGGAUCUUCCCGGACUGGGGCAUGAACCCGUGUCCCCUGCAUCGGCAGGCAGACUCUCAACCACUGCGCCACCAGGGAAGCCCACCUAUGUAUUUUUUAAAACAGACAUUUAAAAGAAUGUUCAAAAUUUAAAAAUAAAAGUAUGUUGUUUAGGUUUUUAAAAAAUAUGGAUAUGGAGUAUAUACUCUAUUCACAUGUUUUCUAUUGAAGUAUUAAGUAAAAAAUUAAAUCUUUAUCAGAAUGAGGAUAUGAGCAACUAAAGUGAGCAACAAUUUCUGGAGAUAUGUGCAGAUGCUGUUUAACAUACCUCUGCAUAGAGGUGUAUUUAUGAUAAAACACAAGUGCUGUUAUUUAUGAAACGAUGAUACAGUCUUAAACAUUAAGAACAAAAUGACAAUUAUAAUAAAAUUCAGAGCACAGUUCCACAAUCUGUUAUGUUCCUUUAAGUUAAAUGUUUUCAUAUUUUUAAUUAUUAAUUAAAAGAAAUUCUAAAUGAUUAAUUUGGCCUUAUAAAGAGAUUCAGGAUGGAUGUAUCAUUUUAAUAAGAUGGGAUACAUAUUCAGUUUUACCUUAUACACCUGUUAAGUGAACAGAUUUAAAAUUUUUUCACUUGUUAGAGUGCUGUAAAAAUUGCAAUUUCAUUACUCUGAAUUACUACGUUAGAAAGGAACAUCUUUCCAUUUUCUUUAUUUUCUGUAAUAUAUAUUUUAAAAGUACAAAAGCACAUGCAUUCUUAGAUUAGCUCUAAGAUGUUUUGUUCUUUUGGAGCUUAAAUAUUGUUUGAUGGCAGUGUCAUAUGUCUGGUGCGUUAGUUUUAUUGGUUCUUAUUUCACGUUUUUAUAUAACUUUUAACAAUUAUAUUAAGAUAGCUACAGGCAGGUUAUUUCAGGUUCUCUGUACAUCUUAAUAGUGAGUCACUAGUAUUUAGCUUCAAGCCUUACGAAAAUAUUACCAUAGUUACCUAAGUACACAGUGAAUAGUCACAUGGUAGUACUUACAAUUAGAGGGAGCAUGUAAAACAAUGUAAUUUAAAAGUCAGCUUGCAUAUUUUUUUUUUUUUUUUUUGCGGUACGCGGGCCUCUCACUGUUGUGGUCUCUCCGGUUGCGGAGCACAGGCUCCAGAUGCGCAGGCUCAGCGGCCAUGGCUCACGGGCCCAACCGCUCCGCGGCAUGUGGGAUCCUCCCGGACCGGGGCACGAACCCGUGUCCCCUGCAUCGGCAGGCGGACUCGCAACCACUGCGCCACCAGGGAAGCCCAGCUCGCAUAUUUUGAAAGGGAAAUAGAACAACCUACUUUCUAUGUAGCAUGAGAUAUUUAAUAGAAUUUUUAUUGAUUUACUUCAUGAUCACAUAUGCUGAUUUAGUUUUGAUUGUUGUAUGUUUUUUGUUUUUGACGUAUUAGUAAGUUGCUUUUGCUUCUGUCAACUUAUUUCUUAAAUAAAAUAGAUUUGGAUCCGUUUUUAAUUGAAUUUUUUAAAUAAUGAAGUUUUCACUCAGCAUCAGUUGAAAAGAAAAAUGUGAACUUUAUUAUAGAAAUUAUAAUACUGAGUAUGAAAGAUAAGUUUAUUUGCUUCUAUUUUAGCUGUAGUUAAAACAAUAGUGCUAGAAAACUUUCAGGAGCAUUUAAUUAAUUUCCUUAUUUGUAGACUAACAAAUGAUUAAGAAUUCUGCAAGUAAUUCCAUUUGGGUAACUUACCGUUGUUAGGUAUGACAAUAAAGACCUACUGUGAAAGGGGCAGAGUUUAUGGGUUUGGGGUAGAAGGAAUUUCUCAAAGAAAUACAAAACAUAAAUACUUUGCCCUUGAUGUUGCAAAACUAUUGAAAUAAGUGCCUUAAUAAGGAGGUUAAAAUAAGAAGGUUAAAAGUAAAUAAAAGUUUACUUUUUAUUUUCAAAAAAAAAAUUAUCCAUUUCUUACUUUUUCAUAAGAAAAGUUUGGUAACUUUUUCCUUAUCAUUAAGCACAGAGAAAGAAUCCUCACUAUGCUAUUUUCACUAUUAACUUUAAUUCAUUGGUAAGCAAAUCUUUGUUAAGGGUAGUGAUGGGAUUUCUAGCCUGCUAAAUUAAUUUAUUUAGCUUCUCAAAUGCCAAACAAUAGAAUAAGUAAAACUUGAUAAGGUGUAUGAUAUUGACUGCUGGUUUACAUUUUCUCUAACUUUGGCAUCUGUGUGUCGGUGCUUUUUGUUAGACUGGUAGGGUUUUACAGCCUAUGGAGUAUGCAUUGCACUUCUAAAUUUUGUUCUUCAUUACUUUCUGAGUAUAUACACAGCAUGUUUUUUCAGGACAUUAACCCAAAUUGCUAAAAGCCUAAUGUUAUGACACUUCCGUACAGUCUAGAUUGAUUCAAGGAGAAGUAGAAAUGGAGGUCAAAGUGGGUUACAAGUUGGGGCUGAAAAAUAUGCUUUAAAAAAAUAGGCUGUUAAUUUCUUGAAAGGAACAGUGAAUAGCCAUCUUAUUAAACUUUGUUGUUUUGGAGAAAUCAAUUGGUUUUUGGCCCUUUCUAUUUUUGAACUGUUAAAACAUUUUGUUGCCUUUUGUGGGUAAAAGUAGUGUCUCUCUUUAUAAAAUUGUUGGGGUUUCUAAAAGUUGUAUGUAAAUCAAUUUCUUGGUAAAUUUAUUUUAAAUGCAUGAAUAUUUAAAGGGCAUAUAUUAUAAACUAUUCUGUGUAUUCAUGAACCUAUUGUAAAGCAAAUAACUACUUCCUGAUUUACAUCUCAAUAUAUUAUGUCAUUUGUCCAGUUUUUAAAAUAUACAUUCUCUAUUGUUGCUAUUUGCUAAUAGUUUUAGAUCCCAAUAUGUAUUAAAAUUACACCUCUGAAAAGUUGCAAGUAAAAUUGAACAAUUUCUUAUUGAAAUAAUAGCUCAUUAUUUAGUUUUGGAAUGUGUAAAAUUAAUACUUUAAAUA